CAAAAUUAGCUAAUCAAAACUUCAGUAAAUAAAGGUCAAGGGUUAAAGCAAAAAUGGCGGCCGCCGUAAUGACUGGCCCUGUAAAUUAUACAAUGUUAAAUACAGAAACAAGGCUCGGAGAGGACACUAUUGGACCGGGUUUAACAGAAGACUUGCAAAAGUUCUAUGAAAGGGCAGAUUCAUUUAAUGACAAGGCGAAAUGUUUGGAAUUAUUAAAUUCAAUAACUUUAGGGGAUACUGCUCAAAGAAGUACAGUGAAACGGCCGUAUACAGCCGCCCCAGUAUUCGGUGGAGAUCAUUCGAAAAAUUUCCUUAGUCCAUACCAAACGUCUUACAACCGAGACUACCCACUGAAACAGCCCAUAGACACUGUAGCUCUCAGACCGAUGACUUCACAAGGAUUUGCACCUCAGAUGGGUCCCGGACCGGACACCCACUAUGAAAACGAGUUCAAAAAUAAGCCGAUAAGAUCAACAACUCCACUGAGGCCCGGUUCAUCUACAGGAAAUAGGGCCAACAAUCCACAUCCGCCACAGUCAUUUCUAGUUUGGAAAUUCCCUCGAGGAGGAUGGAAGAACACGGAGGGUGGCCGCUGGUCAGAGGAAAUGACGGAUGAAAAAAUCAAGCAGGUGCAUAGAAGACUAUGCCAGUCCACGUACCAGUCCGACUAUUUAGGUUCUCCACAAGGUUUUGAGCUAAAAUCCGCGUACUCACUACCGCCAGACUGGAAAGAGAACGUUCCUUACACACUUGAUUCAGUACAGAGGUAUUGCUACCAGAAAACGACCAACCCGGAGGAGCUUCAACUGCCAGUUAACAGAUAUGGCAGCAACAGAAAGAAGCAUAUUGCUGCCAGUGGCACUAUUCCCACAGCAUCUAGUCGGCACAAGCAUAUACGUAACAGAACAACGUAUGAUCGCCACUACAAUGAUAAUUCCGACGCUGUAACGCAACAAAUACGAGACGUCGGACAUAAACUUGGAGCCGAGGCUCUCCGAAAAUACUACGAGGCAGCUUCCGGCGACGAUCGAGUCAUGGCUAAACAUCUUCUAGAGGCUUACGGCGGGCGUCGGUUACCGCCGACGCCUGUCCAAACACCACCACAGGCUCCCUUAGUCGCCCGUCCGCCGUCGGCAAGACCGCCGACAAGAAUUUCACAUAGGUCAAAUACGCCGGCUAGCACUCCAGUUACCCCACCAUAUGUGCCUCUGCCCCCGGCUAAAGACCCAAAUGCUACUAGAAUGUCUUUCAAUGUUUAUUCUCCACCGCAGGCGUUACAUUGAUAACUGUUGUUAGAAUUUCACAUUGUGCUUAGAUCUUAGUCAAUCUCGAAGAUGUUGUUCAAUCUAUUUAUCAUUUAUUUCUUAAUGAUAAAAGAAAAAUAUUAAAAAAUAUUAUUUUUUGGACAUGUUAUCUUUGUGGUAUAAUUUGUAAUGUCUAAACGAAUACUUUAAGUAUUGAAUAGCAAAGUUAUUGUCAUUUAUUGUCAGUACUUUUUAAUAACAAUGUGAUGUAAUAAAUUAUUGAAUUGUUAAGUAUUAGGUAUUUGCAUUUUCUUUCAAAUGUGUUUAAACGUGUGUUUUUUUUACAAAGAUCUGACUUUUUUACAAUACAGAGAAGAUUAUAUUGUACAAUAAAUUAGAAGUGCUGCUUUUAUAGUUGAUAGCCCUUAAGAGUUAUUCUAAAGAUAGGUAAAUAAUAUUUGUUCAAUAUGAAUUCAAAUUUCAUAUACUGAUAUAAAAGACCGCUUUAUAUUGUAAAACCCUGUAUUAGAUUUUCGACUUUUAUUCGUAUUCAUAUAACUUAUGUUAUAAUGUGUGUAUAAAAGACGUAUUAUUCAACAUUACAUAUAGGCAAUUAUUCAAGUACACUGUAUUAUAAUAAAUAUUACACACUUUGACCCUUGUAUCUAUCGAAUGUUGAAUCUCAUUUGUAAACUGAAUGAUAUGAACACUUUCAAUUUCACUAUCAGAGCGCGUUGCUAAGCGACCAAGGACUUCGUCAUUCCUACCACCAAUAGAGACCACCGUGAAGCGACCGCACCUGGUGAAUGCUGACCUGUGCCGUGUGUCUCAGUGGGCGGGGCCAGAAUAAAACUAUAACUCGAGCAGAACUGUGUUACGUUGGGAUGACAGUUAAUGUUCCUGCAAUAUUAUCUUCAUUGUGUGCAUUAAUACAUCAUUCAUGUAUAAAACUUGAUUGUAUAGGGGAUAGUAAAAUAUUCUUAGAUGAAACCGAUCCUGACACACUCUAUUUCGAUUUCUAAGGCAGAAGUCUCCCUAAAUGGAACAGUCUGGUUUCACUAUGUUAGAAAUAUAUUUAUAUUUAUAUUUAGCCAAGUAUUUAAACAUUAUAAUAUUGAAGUGAACUGUUAAAGUGAUCUAUCAUUACCUUAAUUCAUAAACUAUUAUAAUAGUACCUUCAUUUAAUAUGACAUCCAAGUGGCUACUAUUUUUUCUAGAACAAUUGCAUUUUCGACUUUAACGUCAAUAUCAUAAUUGCAAAUAUUUUCCUAUAUAGAUUUUGUGUGGCUAGACACCAACUUACCUGCCCGACAGACUGUUUACCUUCCUGAUAGAUAGCCUGUCCUAUAGAUGGCAGAAAGUUUCCGUGUACUCCCGAUCAUGAUGCUUUUCAUUGUAGUGUUUGAUUGAAAGAGCGGUUGUCUCUAUACACAGUGAAGAUUUGGAACACACAUACGUGCCUUGCAAUAUAUGUCUUAACUGGUCAACUGAUCCUAUGUAUUUUGUUUCGUGUAGGAUCAGACAGACUAUUAACAUUUAAAUUUUUAUUUGGAAGAUCACACAGAUAAACUUUCUAGGCUACUUUAGAUCAAUUGUUAGUUUUAUUGUGCAAAACAUCACUGAGAAGUUGCUAUAGGUGACAAAGAGGAUAUGCUUUAGCCUGUAUACCACACUGCUAUUCUAGGUUUGGAAAAUUGUCCUUUGGUGAAUUAAAUAAAAGGAAGAUAAAUCAAGAUAAACAGAUUGGACAUAUGGCUAUCCGAUAAUUCAUAUUGUGAGAAAAAAAAUUACUACUAAAAGAGACUAAUUGUGGCCAAUUUUACCCAGUAUUUUGUGUAUUCUGUGAUAUUUACCCUUUGGUAUUGUUAAAUUCCAUUGUUUUAUUAUGUUUCAGAUGUAUUUAUACCUGUGUAGCGCAUUUCAAAUAAAACUAGCAUUUUAAUAACUGUA